AUGGCUUUGUCCGAAAGGAAGUCAGACAUGUGGAAAAUGUUAGCGCAGAGACAGCCAGCACCACCCGCUCAGGGACGACAUUCACCUCCGUGUCACCACCAGGAAGCGGCUGGACGCCCACAGCAGCUGCUCCAGCGCAUCCACGCUGAUGCCAUCCAGGAAGCAGCACAGCGGCUCCUCCGGCUCCAAGGCGCCCCCUGCUGCGCACAGCCCCUGGGUCAGGUCCGCAGUGGUGGGGCGCACUGCCUGUGGGGCCCCUGGCUGGCAGGCCGGGUCCUGUGGGAAGAAGACUCCGGCGGGAAUCAAAAGCGAAAGCUGCCCCGUUGGGGGAAAGCAGAACCGCUGCAGCCUUGCCACCCCUCGGGCCAGCAGCUGAGUGGAGCUCAGCACCUUCCCUGGGCGCCCCCGCAGAGGCGGCCGGCCAGCCCGACCAGGAGAUCAUCCCGCCAUCAGGCCCCACGCCCUGGUGGUGCCCGGACAGCUCACGGCCCCUGCGGGCAGCUCUCGGGGUGCGGGGAGAGAAGGUGCCUCUCAGGGCCCUUCACUUCGAGGAUGGAGGGCGACGCCGCAUGCGUUCUCCUCCUGGGGCCGGUAUGUGAGCGAGACUCCACUGAGCAGAGAUUUUUUGCCCGGCACUUCCAUCGGAUGGGAUGCGAUGGCCCCUGGGAGGCUGUGCCGUCCUGGUUCACAAUGAGAAAGUGUUUUGUUCACCACAUGAUAUCUGGCCCUACAGUAGUGCUUGACAUAUGGUAAGUACUCCAUAAAUAUUUGUUGAGAGAUCAUUUAGUAAAUAAAUGUGUAUUUACUAAACUAUUACCAGUUUCUUUUUUAGUUUCACUAAUUCAUGACCAUAUGAAAUAAAACUAUG